CAGUCGGGCUCCCGAUUAUUGUCGGGUUUUUGUGCUUGUCGGCAUACGGAGAGAAUAAUGAGAGAAAUCCUUUUACCUGCCGGGAAAAUGGUAAUUUCGUUGCCCUGUCACUUGAAUCUGCUCUCUUUUUCAAGUGCCCUGAUGAGUCAUUUCUAUUUCCAGUUGUGAAGGGAGUGUCCCCCAUAGAAUAUUGCCAGGAGUCGUCGUGCGCAGAGAAUGCCGCUUCAAUGGAAGGAUUGAACCUUGAAAAGGUAACAGCUAAACCAGACGUUGCUGGGAAAGCUGGUGAACUCUCCACAGGAAACGAGAGAAACAAUGUGUACAAACUCACUGUGAAGACACAGCCCGAUGAAUCACAAGUCCUCUACUUCGUCUGCAAGAACGAAGAGGUCACACAGCCUCCAUCAGUUUCACCUCAAAGUGCAGGAACGUCGUCGGAGCCGAACAAAAUAGCUUGUACAUUUCAAGUUACAAUAUACGGUAAAAGUCCCCUCUCCGAUGCAUGAACAAGUGAGUCUCAACGAAUGUGACUGUCACCACAGCUUGAGGAACUUGAGUUUUGCGAGUCUCAGCUACGUCAGAACACAUAGUUAUUUGUUCGGUUUUAAUGAAUUCUCAUCGUUUUUCUAGGCUAAUGGAACGCUUGAUAGCCUGAGCCAUUCGCAAAACAUAUGAGAACACUGUUGCUUUUUCGGAUACGUUAGAUUAGUCUGCUUUCACUGACAGCGUUCUGUAAAUUUAGGCCUGGUAACUUCCAUGAUAAAUGGAAGUGACUGCGUGUUACGACUCCGUAAAGACCCGCCCCUUACAAAGACGACUGUGGGAUCAGCUGUUUGUCCACGGUUAUUUUCUGUUCGUGUCUGGACUCGUUUUCGGCUCUGGAAGAAUUUGUCUCCUCUUCCUCGAUUUCGCCCACACCACCGUGUCGCCCAUACAUACCCCACCAUUUCUUUUCUGUCUAGAAUGGGCUGCUAAAAUAAAGUUAGGUCCUGGAUGCCCGUUUCCGGUUUGUGGUCUGGCUGGUAAUUCAUCAAAUUGUUUGCUUGCACGGAAAUGAAAAAUAAACACUUUCAUGUACCCCCCUGUUCUGUCAGAGGAGUGUAAGAAUGGCCAGACUUUGGUAGAAGUCGUCCCGCCACAACAUUCCGAGCCCAAGAAGGUCACGUUUCGCUGCGCGGAAAACUGGACAUUGUCGCCUGCGAAUUUCGAGAAGGUGUACAGUGCGGAAACAUGCAAUCAAACAGCUAGUCUAGCAAGCCUUGAUUUGGGUGCGAAACUUGUAGAGGGGAAGUCGUCCGAGGAAGCCAAAAAUGUUCCCGCCUAUGCUCUGCAGAUCACCAAGUUUCCAACUGGUUCCGAACACGUCAUGCUCUGUUACAAAUGCACACAGACCUCUGAUGAGAAGGAAAUGAUCUCAGAUUCAUCGAAGCAAGAGUGUAAAAUCAUAGUCAGUGUGGCUCCAAAACCCCAACAAGAGGAUAAAGAAGAAGGGAAUGAGGAACCUGACACUGACAGUGAAGAAAAUGGGAGGCCGUCUACAAGCGGCGCGACAGACCAUCCCAACCACAGCUUCGUUAUUGCUGGCGCCCUUCUCCUCUCCUCUGUGCUGGCGCUCAACCAAACAGGUUAA